CACUUAAAAUCAAUCUGACAAUUGCAGCAGCAAGUACAAGCGUAAAAUCAAACGAACUCAUAUAAAGUAUAUAUUAUUUAAUUUGUUGGUGAUUAAAAAAAGAGGAGAAUACCUUCGAAAGUUACAAGAAAACAAUAAAUCAAAAUGCAGAUCUUUGUGAAGACCUUGACUGGCAAGACCAUUACUUUGGAGGUCGAGCCUUCCGAUACGAUUGAGAAUGUGAAGGCCAAGAUUCAGGACAAGGAGGGCAUUCCCCCAGAUCAGCAGCGACUGAUCUUUGCCGGCAAGCAGCUUGAAGAUGGCCGUACUCUUUCCGAUUACAACAUUCAGAAAGAAUCCACCCUUCACUUGGUUCUCCGUCUCCGUGGUGGCAUGCAGAUCUUCGUGAAGACCCUGACGGGCAAGACCAUCACUCUGGAGGUUGAACCUUCUGAUACCAUUGAGAACGUGAAGGCCAAGAUCCAGGACAAGGAAGGCAUCCCCCCAGAUCAGCAGCGUCUCAUUUUUGCUGGUAAGCAACUGGAGGAUGGCCGUACGUUGUCGGAUUACAACAUCCAGAAGGAGUCGACUUUGCACUUGGUGUUGCGUCUUCGUGGUGGCAUGCAAAUCUUCGUAAAGACCCUUACCGGUAAAACCAUCACUCUGGAGGUUGAACCUUCUGAUACCAUUGAGAACGUGAAGGCUAAAAUUCAGGACAAGGAGGGAAUUCCUCCAGAUCAGCAGCGUCUCAUCUUCGCAGGAAAACAGUUGGAAGAUGGUCGCACUCUUUCCGACUACAACAUCCAGAAGGAGUCUACCCUUCACUUGGUUCUUCGUCUGCGAGGUGGUAUGCAAAUCUUCGUGAAGACCUUAACCGGAAAAACCAUCACUCUGGAGGUUGAACCUUCUGAUACCAUUGAGAAUGUGAAGGCCAAGAUUCAGGACAAGGAGGGCAUUCCCCCAGAUCAGCAGCGAUUGAUUUUUGCCGGCAAGCAGCUUGAGGAUGGACGAACCCUAUCCGACUACAACAUCCAAAAGGAAUCGACCCUUCACUUGGUCCUCCGUCUUCGCGGUGGCAUGCAGAUCUUCGUGAAGACCUUAACUGGCAAGACCAUCACCCUUGAAGUUGAGCCCUCUGAUACCAUUGAGAAUGUGAAGGCCAAGAUUCAGGACAAGGAGGGCAUUCCCCCAGAUCAGCAGCGUUUGAUCUUUGCCGGCAAACAAUUGGAGGAUGGCCGUACUCUUUCCGACUACAACAUCCAGAAGGAGUCUACCCUUCACUUGGUUCUUCGUCUGCGAGGCGGUAUGCAAAUCUUCGUGAAGACCCUGACUGGCAAGACCAUUACACUGGAGGUUGAGCCCUCUGAUACCAUUGAGAACGUGAAGGCUAAAAUUCAGGACAAGGAGGGAAUUCCUCCAGAUCAGCAGCGUCUCAUCUUCGCAGGAAAACAGUUGGAAGAUGGUCGCACUCUUUCCGACUACAACAUCCAGAAGGAGUCUACCCUUCACUUGGUUCUUCGUCUUCGUGGUGGCAUGCAAAUCUUCGUGAAGACCCUGACCGGUAAAACCAUAACUCUGGAGGUUGAGCCCUCUGAUACCAUUGAGAACGUGAAGGCCAAGAUCCAGGACAAAGAGGGUAUUCCCCCAGAUCAGCAGCGUCUCAUUUUUGCUGGUAAGCAACUGGAGGAUGGCCGUACGUUGUCGGAUUACAACAUCCAGAAGGAGUCGACUUUGCACUUGGUGUUGCGUCUUCGUGGUGGCAUGCAAAUCUUCGUGAAGACCCUGACCGGUAAAACCAUCACUCUGGAGGUCGAGCCCUCAGAUACCAUUGAGAAUGUAAAGGCCAAAAUUCAGGACAAGGAGGGCAUUCCCCCAGAUCAGCAGCGUCUCAUUUUUGCUGGUAAGCAACUGGAGGAUGGUCGCACUCUUUCCGACUACAACAUCCAGAAGGAGUCUACCCUUCACUUGGUUCUUCGUCUUCGUGGUGGCAUGCAAAUCUUCGUGAAGACCCUGACCGGUAAAACCAUCACUCUGGAGGUUGAGCCCUCUGAUACCAUUGAGAACGUGAAAGCCAAGAUCCAGGACAAGGAAGGCAUCCCCCCAGAUCAGCAGCGUCUCAUUUUCGCUGGUAAGCAACUGGAGGAUGGCCGUACCUUGUCGGACUACAACAUCCAGAAAGAGUCCACUCUGCACUUGGUGUUGCGUCUUCGUGGUGGCAUGCAAAUCUUCGUGAAGACCCUGACCGGUAAAACCAUCACUCUGGAGGUUGAACCUUCUGAUACCAUUGAAAACGUAAAGGCCAAAAUUCAGGACAAGGAGGGCAUUCCCCCAGAUCAGCAGCGUCUCAUUUUUGCUGGUAAGCAACUGGAGGAUGGUCGCACUCUUUCCGACUACAACAUCCAGAAGGAGUCUACCCUUCACUUGGUUCUUCGUCUUCGUGGUGGCAUGCAAAUCUUCGUGAAGACCCUGACCGGUAAAACCAUCACUCUGGAGGUUGAGCCCUCUGAUACCAUUGAGAACGUGAAAGCCAAGAUCCAGGACAAGGAAGGCAUCCCCCCAGAUCAGCAGCGUCUCAUUUUCGCUGGUAAGCAACUGGAGGAUGGCCGUACCUUGUCGGACUACAACAUCCAGAAAGAGUCCACUCUGCACUUGGUGUUGCGUCUUCGGGGUGGCAUGCAAAUCUUCGUGAAGACCCUAACUGGCAAGACCAUUACACUGGAGGUGGAGCCAUCUGACACCAUUGAGAAUGUGAAGGCUAAAAUCCAGGACAAGGAGGGAAUUCCCCCAGACCAGCAGCGUUUGAUCUUUGCCGGCAAGCAGUUGGAGGACGGACGCACUCUGUCCGAUUACAACAUCCAGAAGGAAUCGACCCUUCACUUGGUGCUCCGUCUACGCGGAGGAAUCCAGGCUUAAGCUGAACACAUUUCCAAAUAAACACAAUUCUUAGCACCGACACUGAA